UGUUAUUCGUGUUUUAGCAAUCAAAUUUUCGGAAGAAAAAACUGCAUCAUUUUCAAACAAUUUCACGAUGAAUCUCAAGAACGACAUCAAAAUAAUGCCCCGUUCGAUGGUCUGCGAGGAUAGCAACCUUCGCGGUGACAUCACAAUCUCCAGCGGAUGCGUAAUCCACCCCAGUACGACCAUCAUUGCCGAAUCGGGACCGAUCGUCCUGGGCGAGAAUUGCAUCGUCGAGGAGUACGCAACCAUCGUCCACCGGAUUCCGAAAGGCCAUCCCUCGUACAACGACGUCCUGGAAGGAACCGUCAAGCCACUGGUCAUCGGACCGGAUAAUAUAUUCGAGGUGGGAUGUACGGUGGAAUCGCUCAAGAUCGGCGAGAGGAAUGUGUUCGAAUGCAAAUGCCACGUAUCGGCAGAAGUGGUCGUGACCAAUGGGUGUGUGAUUGGAGCCGGCUGUAGGCUGAUCGGAGAACAGAUUCUGCCCGAAAAAACCAUCGUCCACGGGAAACAGUGCCAGCAACGGGAGGCGAUUGAGAAACAGAAGUCCCAGAUGGUGCAACUUGACUACUUGCGGAAGAUAUUACCGAAUUAUCAUCAUUUGAAGAAAGCUACGUACGAUCCGAAGAAAGCACGAGCACAAGUUUGAUUGCGGGAAAAUGCGCAAGCUGAUUAGUUUAGUAUUAAUAUUGUUAUUCCUAUUAAUGUUCUAAUUUGGAAAUUUGGUCAAAAUCCGUUCCAUUUUGUUGUACGUAACAUUUGUCAUUCACACGCGUAGGUAAUUUUCAGUUAAUUCCGGCAUUUUAAAGUUCUAAAAAACAUACAUAUGGAUAAUAAGGAUAAAGGAUUUUCUUUCAAGCGCACAGCCUACAUUUUUAUUCAAGUAAACUUUAGUCAUGUCUUCAUCCUUUGUUUGUACUAUGAGUGUACCAAUUUCAUGUCUGGUUUUGGCCUUCCCAAAGGUAUGGAACAAUUGAAACAUGUCCGGACAAGGGCGUACCGUGAGGGCUCCAUAUUUGACGCAGCCAAGAAAAUAUCACAUUCAAUGUUUAUUUAAAUGAUCAAUACACGAUG